AUGAGUGAAGGUGGCCCGGUAUCAAUCGUUGGUUAUGUUGAAGGCUUGUCUCCGGGAUAUCAUGGGAUGCAUAUUCACGAGUUUGGUGAUUUUUCUCGCGGUUGCUUGUCGACUGGGCCACAUUAUAACCCGUAUGGCAAUGACCAUGGUGCUCCGGGAGACGCCAACCGACAUGUUGGUGAUCUGGGUAACAUUAAAGCUUUCAGCACGGGAAUUGCGAAAAUUCAGUUGGUAGACCAGCAGAUAACCCUUUUCGGCGAGCAAAGCAUUCUCGGUCGAACUUUAUCCAUCACAGAAUUCGAGGACGAUUUGGGAAAAGGAGGUCAUGAUUAUAGUAAAACUACUGGAAACUCCGGCAAUCGUAUUGCUUGCGCCAUAAUCGGUGUUGCGCGGGAGGAGUUUUUCCCAGAGCGAGGCUAUUUGACUACCAGAGAUUAA